AUCUUCUAUGUUUAGAGGUGAGCAUGUUUAAUACCGGAAACGACUAAAAGUUUAGCUGAAACAAGUAGUUUUUCUUAAUUUUGCGAAAGACUGGUAAUUGUUGGUUUGUAUAACAUGCCCCUCGGUACAAAACCAACGUGUGGCUCUUGUAAAAUAUCAAAUUCGACGCUAUGGAGAAAAGGAGUUCAAGGUGAUGUGAUGUGCAAUACCUGCUUUAUAAAACAGUCUGGAAAUGGCGGCGGGAAAGAGGCAGGAUCAAACGGGAAUGGGACUUCUUUGGGUAAAAACAAUGGUGGAUCGAGUUUAAUCGGCGGACCCGUAUUGAGGAAGAGCUCGAGGAUCAGACCAUCAAAGAGUAAAUUCCAGGCGGCGACCAAGGCUCUUGCAACGAAAGGGAAAAGCAGGCGAAUAAUCUUCAAGAAAAGUCAACCCAUUAAGGCCCCAACAGCUGUUGCAACUGUAGUGACAGGUGACAGUGUAUACCACAAUGGCAUGUACUUUCAAGUUGGUGACAUUGUGUCCUUGGUUGAUCAUGACAGCUCUGUGUACUAUGCCCAGAUUCGCGGCUUCAUGCAAGACCAGUACAAUGAGAAGAGUGCUGUCAUUACAUGGAUGAUUCCCACGUUAUCAAGCCCCAGAGAUAGGUUUGAUCCAUGCACCUACACACUUGGUCCAGAAGAGGAUUUGCCACGGAAACUUGAAUUCAUGGAAUUUGUUUGCCAUGCACCAUCAGACUACUAUAAGGCAAAGAAUGCCCCCUACCAUUCCCUCAAUUCCCAGCCAGACCUGUGUUACAUAUGGACAAACAUUGGUCCUCAAGUGCAACCAACACCAUCCAUCGACGAGGUGUUCGGUUUAAAAAAGACACAAAAUAGUGCUACAAGCAAAGUGGACAGUAAGGACAGGGAACGACUGGAUAAGCAUGACAAGCAGAAGGACAAGGAGACGGACAAGCAUGAAAAACCGAUCAAAGUAGAAAAGGAUGUCUAGGUGAAUAAAUGUGAAGAUUUCUA